AUGAUGUCCUACAUAAAGCAACCCCAUUACACCAUGAACGGGUUAAAUUUGCCUGGCCAGGGAAUGGACGUGCUACACACAACCAUCGCUUAUCCUUCCACUCCCCGGAAGCAGCGCAGAGAGCGCACCACCUUCACCCGCACACAGCUGGACAUCCUGGAGGCGCUGUUCUCCAAAACCCGCUAUCCCGACAUCUUCAUGAGGGAGGAGGUGGCCCUCAAGAUCAACCUGCCAGAGUCACGUGUUCAGGUUUGGUUUAAGAACCGCCGUGCCAAGUGCCGCCAGCAGCUGCAGCAGAGCAGUGGCCAGUCCAAGCCUCGGCCCCCCAAGAAGAAGGCCUCUCCCUUGCAGGAAGUCAGCGCCCCUGAUCCCGGCCCUAACCCCUCCGGCUCCUACAGCCCCUCCUCCGCCCAGACAGGGCCCAGCCUGAUCCCGAGCUCCAGCAAUGGAAACACAUCCGUGUCCAUCUGGAGUCCGGCCAUCUCCCCCCUGCCCGACCCUCUGGCCUCCUCGGCCCCCUGCAUGCAGCGGCCCUCCCCCUACCCCAUGAGCUACGGCCAGCCGUCGGCCUACUCCCAGGGCUACGCCAGCACCACCUCCUACUUCACCGGCCUGGACUGCAGCGCCUACCUGUCCCCCAUGCACUCGCAGCUGUCCGGCACCGUGGGGGCCCUCAGCCCCAUCACAGUGCCCUCCAUGGGGGGCUCCCUCAGCCAGUCCCCGGCCUCGCUGUCAUCACAGGGCUACAGCACGGCCUCCUCCCUGGGCUUCACCUCUGUGGACUGCCUGGACUACAAGGACCAGCAGGCCUGGAAACUGGGCUUCACCACAAUGGACUGCCUGGACCACAAGGACCAGAACUCCUGGAAGUUCCAGGUCCUGUAA